AUGAAACUGAUCGGAUUUCUACUGUGUUCAGUGGUCGCGGCCAGCCAACUGGCAAAUGCAAGUGAUGUGAACUCGGGGCAGGAGCAGAUUCGAACAGCAAUACCCUGGCUAUAUCUACUGGCGCUAUCGGCAGCCCAGCCACAGAUACCCAUCCUGAGGCCUCAGGAUGAGACACCGGCUAUCACGAAUAGUGCGAUCAUGAAAGAGCCCCAGUCCGAUGAGAUCGUGAGUUCUGAUCAAACCAACAACGAGGUACGAGAGCAGUUUCUGCAAGGAAUCCUUCUGGGCUUGCAGCAGCCAGGAUCUCCCACAAUUUCGCCAGCCGUGCUGUCAGAUUUAAUUGCCCAGGCCACUACUACCACUCGAAAGCCGGCUGUAGAAAAAGAUGCCGAUGGAGCUGAGAACGAUGAAGAUGUUGACUAUAUAGACUUUAAGAAUGGAUCGCGCAUCAAGUACGAUUUGGAUGAUGUCGAGCAGCCGGUUAACAAAAUUCUGCAGCCGACUACCAAACGCCCGGCUGCGAAUCCGCCGCAAAGCACUGGCGUCGAUUAUAGAACUCCAACUAGAUACGUUUACUAUAGACCUAUAUAUGGGUCUACGCCCUAUUAUUAUCGAGUUGGCUAG